CCAUCGAAAUAGAUUUUUUAAACGUGCUUAUAAACAAUAAAUAUCUUGCGAAAAUGGACAUUAGAAACAACGAUCCCGGUGCCGUUCAAUUUGGCAAUUUCUUUAACUAUUAUCAAUUUAAUUCAGCCCCGGAUCGUGUUAAGCUACUGCCGGAUAAAGAUGUAUGGUUACCUUCUUUGGAUGGUGGGGAAUCAACCGGAAGUAGUCCUUAUAUUGUCCUGGAUGUGGGCUGCAAUUGCGGCGUAUUUACCCAACUACUACACAAUUACUUGGAGGAACGUCUUCAGAGAUCCGUAAAAAUCCUAGGAGUAGAUAUAGACCAUCGACUGAUUCAACGCGCUCUGGAUGAAAACGAAUCCCCGGAAAACAUAAGCUACGCCUGCGUGGAUGUCCUAGAUGAUGAUGCUUUCGAAUCUGUGAGAACCUAUCUGGAUACCCAAAAUCGCCAGAAGUUCGAUGCCAUUUGCUGCUACUCCAUUACCAUGUGGAUUCAUCUAAAUCACCAUGAUGAGGGCCUUCAAUUGUUUCUGAACAAGCUCUCAAAUCUGGCAGAGCUGCUGGUAGUGGAACCACAACCUUGGAAAUGCUACCAAAAAGCGGAGAAACGUCUGAAAAAGGCGGGAGAGAUUUUUCCCCUUUUUCUAGAACUGAAAUGGCGAUCUGAUGUGGAACUGCAGAUAGAAAAGUAUCUGGAAGAUACCCUCGACCGAAGGAAGAUAUUUGAAUCCACCCCCACUAAGUGGCAGCGAAAGAUUUGCUUCUACAGAUAAUGAUUGAAGGUCUUAAUACUAAGGAUAAUGUAAAUAUAGGAGGAGUACAGUAUCACUCUUAUCUGAGGACAACAGGAUAGCAUACCAUUCAUUUCUUUUCCAAUGGCAAUUUAUUGCAUUUAUGUAAAAAUAGCUAAAUAUAGAGCUUUUAACUCUAUGAAAGAUUGGGAAAAAUUCAUUCACUUCCACUUUUAAACUAAUCCACGUUGAGCUUCCUGAAGGA